UGCCUGCUGCUUCUCAGACCUAUUGAUACUGCAUGACUUUAUGUAGUCCAACCAUCCGCUCAGAAUCAUCGAUAUUAUAUUUCCCCAAUUAAUCGCCCGUCAAAAUGGCAGACGACGAGGAAAAGGCCAAGGCUGAGAAGCUCGCCGCCGCCCGAAAGCGAGUUGCGCAAAUGCAGAAGCAAAAGGGGAAAAAGGCAGGCAAGAAAUCCGCUGCUGCAGAAACAAGCAAGGAUGACUCUGCGGCGAAACCAGACAGCAAUGAUGCCGACGCAGAACAAGCCGAGCCAGAGAAGAUCGAUACAGAAAAGGGAGAUGGAGAUGAAUCACCCACUGAACCGAUGCCGGAUGCGCCAACUUCUCCGGCACCAGACGCCAGCCCUGCUGGUGGCGAGGUUCGAGAGCUACCGACUCGGGGCGCACAUGCUCGACAGCCCUCGUUGUCUAUGCAGUCGAAAAACCGGUCUUCUUCGUUCAGAUCGUCGAUUUCGUCGGCUAUUCCGCAGGUUCCUAGUGUGAAGUCGCCUCCCCUGCCACCGUUAGCUCCAGAUGAGCAAGUCCAUGAAGUGUUCCGGAAACAAGCUGCGAGAGUUGAGGAGCUCGAAAAGGAGAAUAAACGACUGGAGAAAGACCUCGAACAUGCGAAUACACGGAAACAAAAGUCCGAGGACGAGCUAGAAGAGCUUCGCGAAUCGAGCGUCGAGGUGGUUGAGCUGAAAGAUCGCUUGGAUAGGGCAGAGAAACAGGCCGCUGAGCUAGAGUCAUUGAAAGCUGAAAUUGCGUCCCUGCAACGACAGAACUCCUUACUCCAAUCCAAAACACACCGAGCUAAUGCAGCUGUGGCUGGAAGUUCAGACUCUCCACCGUCAGAGUUCUUGCAGGAACUGGAGUCGAAAUCAUCAACCAUCGAGGCCAUGGAAAUUGAGAUAUCUAAUCUACGCGCUAAGUUAUCAUCAGAAUCGACGUCAAGCACCAGUUAUCAAAGCCAGAUAACUGCUUUAGAAGAGAAACUCUCCCAGAGUGAAGGCGCUCUCGAGAAGACAAAGCGAGAGCUUUCAGAUGUCAAACAAUCAUUAACCCGAGCGUCUGAGAAGGCGGUGAAAGAAGGCGUUGACAAAACGAGCACGGAGACAUUAAUCAAGAGUCUGCGAAGAGAGAUUGAGGAGCUCCAAGAAGCCAAAUCUACCACAGAGAAAAGGGCAGAAACACUAGACAAGAAGCUACAAGCGCUCGGGAAUCUACACAAGGAGUCUGAAGCUCGACACCAAACUAGACUGAAAGACCACGAGAAACUUGAAAAGGAAGUGGCUCUUUUCAAGAAGAAACUCACAACCGUUGAAAACGAGAAUCUUCGGUUAAAGGAAGAAAAGGAGCGCAGCAAGAAGCGAGAAGCUGGAGGCGAAGGAAACGAAGGCUUGGAUGAGCUUGAAGAUGAAGAACGCGAUCGAUUGGAACGCAGAGUGCGUGAACUCGAAGGCGAGAACUUUGAUCUACGACGGGGAGUAUGGAAAGAACGACGAAAGGAGCUUGGAGGCGAAGAAGGAGACGAGGAAACGGAGCCAUCAACGAGCCCAGGAAACACCUUUGAUGAGGUGGAUCUGAUAGGAGGUACUCCAAACCAUUCACGGCGCCGCAGCCGGUCACAGCAGCAGCAUUCAUCAUUUACAACAGUUCUCUCUAGCGGUUUCGCUGCUUUCACAAGCCAUAACAACAAUGCCCACAACCAUCCGCCAGCAGUCCGAGGCAGUCUGGAGCUGCUCGCAGAAGAAGACAAUGACGAGUUUGACGAGAAUGCAUUUGCCCUAGCACAGGCCGAGGAAGAAGCGCGCAAACGAGUGGAAUGGGCGCGCGAAGUCAAACAGAAACUCAAAGGUUGGAAAGGCUGGAGGCUGGAUCUAGUCGACAGUCGAGCUGGAGCAGAGGGGGCCGGCGUCGCACUGGGCGAGAUAUUCGAGGUGUAGCUACAGUUCUUGGAUGCAGUAGUUGAUAGCAUACGAAUGAUGACAGUGUAUUAGUAUUUAUAAUUUAUUCGUGAUCGCAUUAUGACAGUUCAAACGAGAAUUCUUUGAGAGCCAGCCUUAUCGGACGGGCUAGCGGCUGGCGGAAUCGGGAUAGCUG